GCUCUCAAACGGCGAUGCCCCAGUGGCCGACCGCGUGAAGUCCCUGGAGAAGGACCCUGAACUGGCCAGUGUCUUCGAGGACAUCAAGAAGAACGGCAUGGAAGCGGCCAUGAAGUACUACCAGGAUGAAGAGCUGAUGCUGAAGAUCUCCCAGAAGAUGGGUGGCCUGCCUUCUGAUCUCCAGCCGGAGCUCAUGCUGAAGAUUUCUCAGAAGAUGGGUGGCCUUCCUUCAGAGCUGCAGCCGGCUGCAAAGAACGGAGAUCUUAAGGCCGUGCAGGACUUCCUGAACAAAAAGAAGCCGCUGGACUCCCAGGAUCACAAGGGCAUCACCGCUCUGGGCUAUGCCAUUGGCGGGGACCUAAGAGCAGCGUGA